CGAGGCGCGCUCACGAACACACACGCGCACGCGCACACGUGUACACACGCGCACGCGCGCACGCGCACGUCCCGCUCUCCACCUGCGUGUGCCGCGCUCCCCCAGCCCCCUUCGCCGCGCCGCGCAGCUCGCUUCGCCAUUUUUGCCGAACUGAGCCAGCGGCGGCUCCGAGCCGCGCUUGCUGCAGCUGCAACCAGAGACCUCGGUCCCGCUUCAUUCAGACUGUAGGCCCCGCAAGCACUACCACCACAGUGCAGCAUGGUGAAGGUGGGAGCUGGGCUGGGCGGGAAGCCCUGUGGAGAUGGCGGGGUGCCUCCCGGGACCCCGGAGGGACCCCCGUCGUGGGAAGGGGAGGGCUCGCCGGCCCUCAUGUCCCCGCUGGACGUGACGCAGCUGCAUUACCCGGUGCCGGACAAGAUUAUCAUUAAGACCAGGACAAACUUCCAACCGCAGCCAAAGAGGAGAGGCAAACUCGGGAUUCCAAACGUCACGGAGUUCACGGUGAACUUCAACGACAGCGCCUCCGAGAAGUUCAAGCUCACUCUGCUGGUGAUGUUCGGCCUCGCGUUCCUGGCCUGCGUCGUCUUUCUAGUCGUCUACAAGGUGUACAAGUACGAACAGAGCUGCCCCGAGGGAUCCUACCUGCAGCACAAACGCUGCGUGCCCGUGGGCCUCAUGGAGUCGUACUACGCGGGGGAGGGGGUGGAGCCCCCCGGCCGCUUCCUGACGCUCGUCAACCGCUACACCGUGGUGAGGCAGUCCCUGUCGCACACCGCCUCCCACCAGCCCGCGGCCCGGGACAACAACAACAACAACGAUGACGGCGGUGACGACAGCGACGACGCAGGAGCCUCGCCCUGGGGGGGCGGCGCCGGGACUGAGGUCGGGGCCGAGGGCAAGGGCGUCGCGGGGGGCACGGGGGGCACGGGGGGCACGCCCCCCCCAGCCAGGCUGGAGGAACCCAGCGCCUCCGUGUGACGUGGCUGCGGCGGCGGCGGCGCGUGUUUCGAUUCGGCGCACGCACACGCACGCUGGGGCGCAAAGACACGGGUGCACGCACGGGAUCGCGAUCCAUGCACACGCACGCACAUAGCGCAUGCACGCGUGCGCAUGCUCACACGCACGCUCACACACACAGCGCAUGCACCCGCACGCGUGCUCACACACACUCACGCACGCUCACACCCACGCUCACACACACAGCGCAUGCACCCGCACGCGUGCUCACUCACACACACGCACGCAUGCGCACAUGCGGACACACGCCGUGCGCGCGGGGGUGAGGCCACGCGCGGUGAUCUAGGGGACACGCGUGCAGCUGCCGCUGACACGCGCGCAGAUUUGGGGAAUCUGAGUCAGAUUUGUCUCCUCCUCCUUCUGCUCGUUCCGCUUCGCCUCGUCCCGCAGCUCUGCUUCGGAUCCUCCAAUUCUGCUCGUAUCUCACUCUCACCGCUCUCGAUUUUUUAUUUUCUUCCGGAAGGAUCCCCUUAACGCCCUCGGUACCGCUGCUUCUUGGCAGCUCCCAGCGUUCAGACCCACCUACGGUGACCGGUUUAACCGCGUUCUCGUAGAUCUUACUUUUCUACCUGCCAGGAAUCCGCAAUGUCACGGAGAAUUUCCUGUCACCUUCUCCCCACGUGCACCAGCCACUCUGAAUCCGAUUCCUCACAUCUGCACGAGUCACAUUGUUCUGUAUUAUUCAUUGCUAGCGACACGACAAUACUGUAAGGAGCCUUACUGCUACUCGUGAACAUUAAUUUAUUGACGUGUGUGUGUGUUCAACUGGUAUUUAUGUAUUUCUUUGAUUAGCUAGUAGCAUAUUUAUUUAUUGGCUUACCUGAUUGGUGCGGUUAUUAAACAAAAGCGCGCCCUAAGCCGAGAGGUUUGCUUGAGAAUGACGGGGGGUGCCGGGGACGAGGGUUCGUCGAUCAGAAGCCACGAGGUUAGGACGCGUUGCGGACGUGCGGUCAGAGACACCGGCCCGUCACGUGGUACCCUGGCGACCCCGGGGGGAGGGGGCGAUGGUGGAACGCGUGGCGGUCACAAACCCCGCACAUCCCUCCAGCGGCCAACACCCCAUAGGCACCACGUCACCUCCUCCUUUGCGUUGUGUUUCACUCUUUUAUGGUACUGACUUGUCGCGGCUUGGAGUUGUUUAGUGGCAUCCAGCUCAACACUUAUGUAUUAAUGAUGACAAGUGUGCUUUGGUGUGGUAGGCGACGCUGUGUAUAGCUCCAGUGUGUGCUGACGGGACAGAGGGGGUAGGGGCGAAGGUAAGAGCGAGACUGCAAGGUUUGAUCCCCGUUGCAGAGAAAUUAAGAGGUGGGGGUGGGUGGAGGCAGUAGGGGUAGUGGGGGGUGGAGUCGUUUGUUUUAGAGGCAGUGUCGGCUCGUGGCUCCAGGUUGAGGAGGCUACACACAUCACCCCGAGUCUUCCAGUCUCGGGUGACAAGUGCCAAUAGAUUUUCUGAGUAACUGGAAUGCGAAGGUGACGUGUGAAGAUGCUGAUGAUGGCACAAUGCUGACCAACUCUGCUGGCAACAAUAGGUUCAUGUUAUUUUGAACCCGGUCUCCUCAUGGCAAGCCCUCCAAGCGAGCCCUCUUCCUAGAGGUCCUCAUCGGCAAAGCCCCCACGCUCAGCUGUAUCCUCAAGUCUCAAAAGUAGCGGUGGAGGCUGUGGCCGAAUCCCUGCACCUCCUCCACCCACGAGGUUCUCUCCAGCUCAGAGAACCUGGUGGGCAGCGUCAACCAAGAGGAUGUGAGGAGGAGCCACGUGCUCGAGGUGCCGGGGUUGGUGUUAACGUAUCGAGCAGAUAGUAAAUAUCAUCUUGGUCUUCUGCAGUAGCCGAUGGUUAGACACACAAAGUCAUAAAAGGCCGUCUACUGAUCUUCCCCGGAGAACUGGCCUGCGGAGAGCCCAGCACUGGUGCAUCAACACCAUCGUCAUCACCCGUUGCCUUCGCGUUCCGAUCAUCAACGAACUCACCUGCGCGUGUCACCCGAGACUGGAAAUCCCGCGGGGGAUUAUCGCCUCUUGAACCUGGAGUCCCGAACUCGCCGCUGCCUGCACUUGUGUUUCAGGGGGGUGCAGGUGCGUGUACUCGGCGCGGCUCCCAAGUGCGAAUACCCUCGUCCUUUGUGUACUUUGUGAGUUUCCCCUAAGUCUGGGCACUACCUCCGGCGCAGCCAAGGAGGAGGAUGGCUCAUUGCCCAGAUCGCAUCGCCUCGCUGUGACCACAGCGCCUCGGCCACUUAAUCCCGACAACAAUGCGACUCAGUUGCCGACAAAGCGCUGUUCAGUGGCUAUUCUAGGCCAAGUAAAACAGGGGGCACCACCUAAUAUCGGGGGGGGGGCAUUCACACCCACUGUGUAAACCUCCAUGAGUGAAAGAGUAGAGCCUCUGGCGUGGGUCAGCUGUCGACUGCAGCAGUUGCGGGAUCUUGGAGAGGGGGGGCAAUGUGAGCGGCAUUGUCCGUGAUGGCGUCUUUAACUCUCUCCUAGCCACCUCGACAAAGGUCCUGUCUCUGAAUGGAGGGGGGGGGGGGUAGUCGUUGCUGUUCGUCAGGGGUGGCCGGGUACUUCAGAGACCCACUGAUUAUAAUCGCCACGGACUCCGUAGCCGUAACCAUCAAGGGAGCUACCGGAAGAGCAAUACAACGGAGGGAAUUACGAAUUAAAGCAACUUGCGACUGCGGGGCUUGGUAAAAAAAAAAUGCAGCCGCCACCAAUAAUCAGAGUUGGCUGUGGGGCUCAGAGAGAGAGAGAGAGGGUGCUAACGGGCGCGCCGUGUCGCCGAGCGUGUGUGCACGUACGUUGGACUUCUUUCGCACCGCACGUAGCCGACCGUGCUCAUCGGAGUGUCGGGGGAGAGGAGGGACAACGAACUGGCGUGAGUACGAGGCGUGAGGGUUUCUGAUUGGCCGCUGCAGUUUAUUUGAAAGAAGACGUUUUUUCCCACUUCAGCCCCCGGGCGAGUCACUGCCCGCGUCGCAGACGACGAUGUUUGCGGGAUGGCGCAGGCAAGACUCUUUAGGGGUUCUAUCGAGGUGACGCUGCGAAGUGUUGAUCACCACGACAAACUCCCCCACCCCCCACCGGUACAGCGACUCCCCCUGAACACCCAGACACACCUGUGGGAUCUAACGGCGAGCUGUGGAGGGGGGUACCUGUGCGCCACGGUGGCUAUGAGAUGUUGACUACCUAGCCGGGUAUGCAGGAGGUCGUGGGUUCGAACCCGACCCUGACGCCUGCUGUAUAUUUCGAGUUUGCGGUGUCACUCUCCCCGCGGUCGCGUGGAUUUAUCUCCGGGUUUUCCCC